AGUGACUCUGUAGUUAGAUGUUACUAGGAAUAGGAAACUUAAGUGACUCUUUGUAGGUGUGACUGACAGAUGGACACAUAACUCGAGUCAGUAAACUGCAUCAACACAUAUACUCUAAUCAGAAAAACAAAGAUGAAAUGUUCUAUGCUGGUUUUCGUUUUGAUAGACAUCAGUUAUCAGCAAAGCAUUCUCCCUGAACACAGAAAAAAUCAUUGCCAAGCUGUUCGGACCACGGACAUCAUGAAUUAUGUUAUGCCUGGAUUACAGUACCUAAUCCGGGAGGAUUACGAGAAGCUCAGUCGUCGUUAUGAUGAGAUACUGGCCAUACUGAAAGGUGGGAUACUGUUGACCUGUCCAGAGGGUUGGGUGUAUCACGACGAUAACUGUUACCUGUUUAGAAGAACGAAAUCAACAUGGCAGGAAGCAAGAGAAUUCUGCCAAUUGAAGGGGGCUUACCUUGCGGAGAUCAGGGGAAACCGAGAGAAUGAGUUUGUCAAGAGCGAAAUGCGAAAAAUCCGCAAAGCAGAACACCCUAGAGACUUCCGGAGUUACUUUAUAGGGGGUACAGACAGAGAUAGGGAGGGUGUCUGGAUCUGGGUCAGGACAGGCGAGAGGAUCGCUUACAAGGACUUCGCUCCAUCGGAGCCUAACAAUGGCAGAGGAGAAGGAUUUGAAGAUUGUCUGAUGAUGUUUGGAGAACAGGACUUUUUAUGGAAUGAUGACAGAUGUACUAGCACUUACUUUGGAGUAUGCAAAACCAGUGUCCGCCAGAAAUGACGUAAUUUCAGAGCUCACAUAAGAGAUAACAUCUCCAAACCUCACUUUCAAAAUCAAUAUUGGUACAUGUAUCUUAACCGGCGUAGAAACAAUUCACUACAACUCCGAAAUUAAAGUCACUGCCACCAACAUCAAGUCAUUUGCUAAAAACGUCAAACGAGCUCAUAUACAGGUGUGCAUUUAGACGGCAGUACUAGAGAAAGGCCCAUCUGAUCUUGAUACGGGAGGCUUCGGCUGGAUCCGGGAUGAAGCGUCAAAAGCUCUUCCACCCGUUACACUGUCUUCCAAUGUACACCCAACUCCCCCUGGAAUUCUGAAGAUGAUCAGAUGGUGUUGCACUAGUGAUCAUCCGUGUAUACAGCUAGGUUUGGCUUUUAGAAGGCUCAGUUGCCAUGUACAUUUUUCUGUGACUGCGCCAUAAACACAUACAGAUCAGCUGAGUGAUACUGGAAAUGAAACUGAGGAUGGGUGAGGAAAGAGCUGAGAGAAUAUUAUAUAAUACACCUAAAGUGGAUGUUAUUAUUCGCACAGUGUGUGCAUUCGAAAAAUAGUCGUGUAAAAGAAGGGAGUAACACAAAUAUUGUUUUACGCCUCUAAUCCCAUUCAAGUGUAUGUCAUUGGGCUGUGGUUGGUGUCAUAGGUACGCCUAUACCCCCACAUAAAAAUGUAUAAUACUUAAAAACAAAUUAUUUGACUGAUAACCAUGAUUAUGGUUUCGACAACCAUCGUCAUUGCGAGCUCUGAGUUCGUAUAUUUUAAUUUUGAUACUUUGAUUUUCGUGGUGGUCAUUAAAAAUCUUGGAUUGGACUAAUUUCGUAAUGAAGUUGGUUUUUAAUAUGUUCAUAAUGUGUCCCUCAUAAAACCUGCAAAAAGACACAACAAGGACCACUUUAGGGAACUAAUGACUUAUUGCAAUUCUGAGGUUUCAACGGCCAUUUUGGCAACUAUUUUACAUUGAAUUAAAGAAUUGAUUACUGCAUUGUAUUUUACAUGAUUUUAAUGGUAUCUUUGACCCUUAAAACCCCAGUAUAGACACAAACAAUGCAACUCUAGAGUAAUAAAUGAGUAACUUAUUGCCAUUUUUAGAUUGUUCAGCCAUCUUGGCGGCCAUCUUGAAUAUUUCAAAAUGCUCAAGGUUGCCAAAGUGGCACCAAGCAGUUUUGGAAUCAGCACUCAUCCAACACAGACUACGAUGGGGUGAAGACGACUUAAAUGUUUGAAAACAGUAAUUGAUGACACUUUUGAAAAAUGUCAUAGUGUUUUUUAACGGCCAUGUAAUCCCAACUUAGUAGGUAGUCGAAGGCCUUUUUAUAGUCUAACAAUAAACCCCCUGUUAAGUAUCACUUAUCAAUAUAAUUAUACCAGAUAUUUGUUACGUCUGACAGAACAGUCUGACAGUAGUGACGUCAUCUAAAACCUGAUUGACAUUCUAAGAUUAGAUCAUGACUGCAUAAACAGUUGUUGAAAUGUCGAUGAAUGUUUUUACAAGACAUUUGGAUAGAAUGGGCAGUACUAUAUUGGUCUAUAGUUAUCAAUUCCUUCUUUCUUCCCAUCUUUAAAAAGAGGACUCACUUAAGCAUCUUAACAAAGAUUUAGAAAGGUAUUUUAGUUUCAAUACCGAAAUAAAUUAGUUUGCAAAUUACAGGCGCAAUAGAUUUGAUACAGCUUUUAAAAAUAUAGCUCCUAAAUUGUCAAGUCCAGAUGCCUUUGAAGUGUCUAUACAGGCUAAAAAAGUUUCAACAAACUGUUCUUCAAUUUUUACGUAUCUCAAACAAGGCACCCUUUAGGUUUCCUUCAGUAAACUGUUAAGUGUACCCUAAUGCUCGGGAGUAAAACUUCCGUUUGUGUGUUGUAUAUACUGUUUAAAUAUACGAUAAAUGCAUUACUAGUUAAA